CGGUACACACCGCUACUCAGCCCGCUUCCUGAAUACUUACGAAUACGAUGCGCUGCCACCAGUCUUACAUCAGACAUCACGCUAACUAGACCUAAUUCUUAGUCAACAAUUGUCAGCCAUGUUUACCCGAAAAUACCAACUUGUGAAAUUAGAGGAUUUCGAGGAAGAAGAAGAAAGGAUCUCUGGGAAUCUUCCUCAAGUUCACUGUUCUGCUCUAAGUGCCUCCUUAUACCAGGAUAACAACGAGAGAGAGAACCCGGUGUAUUUCUCUUCCCUUAGUGCUUCCAUUCUUCAGGAGAAAAGAGAAAGAACUCAGAAAGAAAAUGAGAAAAAGAAACUGGAAAGAAUUAGCUCUGGAGAGAAAAUUAAGAUCCAUGGAAGGAGAAGGCACAAUGCCGAGAUUCAGACCCCUGGAAAGGUUGAGGAUGUAAACCCAGAGAAUCUCAUGGAACCACUGUGCUCUCUGGUAACCUCCCUCAGCCUCAACAACGAGGUCGAGAUGAGGACACUGCUGGAGAAGGAUGAGGAUGAGAAGGAGGAGAAGGAGGAAAAGGAGAAGAAAACAAGGAAGAGAACAGCGCUAUGUCUCACCAAACUAUCUCAGGCUGCCUCCGUCAAUUAUUCUAAGGUGGCUAAAGAUGUCCGCGCUAUAGACGAUACCCCUGAAGGAUUUGUGAGAGGCGUGAAAUCAAUGUUCCAGAGAAUAUUCAGUCUAUGAUCAAUCAAUCCAUCUUAAUUGAUCUUAAUGAUCGGCUAGAUCUCAAAUAUGUGAUCUUUUUUAUUAUUUAUAUCUAGUAUUUUUAAUAUCUUAAGUAUCUAGUACAAACUACAAAUAAAUAUAUGAA